AUGUCUCCAUAUCGACUAGUGUUUGGAAAGGCCUGUCAUCUGCCUAUUGAGUUAGAGCAUAAGGCAUAUUGGGCAACUCAUUUGCUCAAUUUCAAUAUGAAGGCGGCAGAAGAAAAGAGGGUUUUACAACUCCAUAAGCUAGAGGAAUUUCGUUUGGAUUCAUAUGAGAAUGCAAAGAUUUACAAAGAGAAAACCAAGAGAUGGCAUGACAGACAUAUAAGAGAGAAGGAUUUUGAAGUAGGCCAGCAAGUAUUGAUGUUCAAUUCACGUCUCAAACUCUUUCCUGGAAAGCUAAAGUCUAGGUGGUCAAGUCCUUUUACAGUAGUAGCCGUGCUUCCACAUGGUGCUGUAGAAGUAGUAUCUCAGGAUGAAAAGAGAAGGUUUAAAGUGAAUGGACAACGGUUGAAAGCUUGUUGGGGAGUUGACUACUCCAAUGAGAAGACGACCGUACCUCUUAAUAGUGCAGAGUAG